AUGACGUUGGUCUCCACUGCGGACGCGCAGCGGAACCUCAAGCUCAUGAAGAGAAACAACCCUGAGUAUCCAGACAUCGACCCCGAUGACGCAUCCCAGCUGAAGGUGUACAAGCUCUUGCGGCAGGCCUCUUCCAAGGUGCACCCCGGGCCCUUCAUGCAGGCGUGGAAGAAGCAGAGGCUGGACGUCGACACGGGCGUACGGUACAAGCAGGAGUUCUGGAUGGUCCCGUUCGUGAACUUCCCAGCGGGCCUGCCUCCCUCGGUGAAGGAGUUCGUGGUUUCGGCGGAGGAGCUGGCUGCCAUGAGGGACGCCAGCGGCAACGAGAUCAACCCGGGCAACAAUUGGCUGGUGGACACCGAGCGCAAGCGCGAGGGUUUGGGGCAACGUGUGAAGACGGUCGAACUCUUCCUGAAUGCGGUGACGAAGUUCAAGAACGUCGGCCAGCCGGGGGCCGUGGAGGACAGGGUCCCGGAGCGCGGCGGCGACCCCGCCGCCGGCCUCGCCGUGGACGCCGGUGGCGCCGCUGACGGCCGCGCCGGUGGGAGAUCACCUAGCGGGGCUGAGCCUGUCCGCGACUCUGGCGCCGCCGCGGCGCCAGUGCAAGUGGACGCCAUCAAGGACCGCUUCGCCACCCUUCGGACGAAGUUGGAGAAAGCUUUCAAGGACGAGCACAUUUGGUCGGACGAUCCCUUGGACUACUUCCACGCUGGCGCCUGGGCCACUGCCGUCACCGAGGCCGUCGAGUCCAUGCCAGCGGGCCCCGUGAAGAAGGCGGUUUCGGAGAAGUUCUUGAAGUUGCUCACGACCCUCCUCUUGUCUCAGGGGUGCUUCGCCGUCCUGCAUAAUUUCGCGAAGAUCUACAGGCGCCUGCAUAAGUGCGGGGCCGCCGCGACGGACAUGGACAAGCUCAUUCUGGUGCUGGCCGCGUUCGACGCCGACGCGCGCGAGCUCAAGCCCUUGGACGUGUCCUUCGCGGAUUUCGAGAGCCGCACGGAGUUCCAGUCCAGCCCCUUAUUCUCGAGCCACGUGGCGGCGGUGACGGAGAAGCGACUGGUGAAGGCCAAGGGGGAGAAGGACCCGUCCAAGUGCUUCGACCUCCUCGGAGGGUUGGGGAGGCUGCCGCACUUGCCCGCGAAGCUGCGGAGCGAGGUGUCCAUGGCCAUGGUCGUUUUGGACGAGAGGAAGUCGCUGGCGGAGCGCCUGGCCUACAUUCGCAGCACCCCCGGGGCGCCAGCGACCGCCGCCGAGUGGGCGCCGGGCAGCGCGCUGCACGUCGCCGCGGACAUCCUCGGCGGCGGCGCCGCCGCCGCCGUUGCGGCGGGGGCGCAUUGGCCGUCGUUCAAGGGCGCCCUGGAGCUCAUCUCGCGGGUCGGGGAGCAGGAGGGCGCGGAGCAGCCGGAGUUCCAGGAUCUCCUCGGCGUCUUGGAGGGCCUCUUGAGCGCGUCCCCCGCGAUCCCGGAUUGGUCCGACAAGAUGCUGCAGUCCGCUUGCUCUCUCAGGUUCGGCGUCCCCUCCUGGCGCGUCAACGAGCCGUGCGUCGUGAAGGAGCUGGCGUCGCUGUCGUCCACGUCAAAGGACUCGUUUACGAAGAUGGCGAAGAGCGUGAAGAAGUUCUUAGCCACGGAGGUGAAGCUCAACGGGCCCGUGCCGUGGGUCGCAUCGGCGGAGGCCGUCAUAGCGGGGUGGAAGCAGGAGAAGGAGGACUCCCGCGCCCAGCACAAGAAGGAGAAGGAGAGGGAGAAGAAGGGCCAGCGUGACGAGAACGAGGCCGCCGCCGUUACGGCAGGCUCCGGCGACCGCGUGGACGCCGCGGCGGGCGCCGCCGCCGUUGCGGCGGCCGCCGGCGCCGCGGCGCCCGCGGCGGGCGCCGCCGCCGUUACGGGCGCUGCGGCCCUCGCCGCCGCGGCGCCGGCCGCCGGCGAGGUCCUAGAGGGCCACGACGGGGCCGCGGAUGUCGCCGGCACCAGCGCGGGGGCGCCGCCGGCCGCGGAGGCCGCGGCAGGCGACGCCGCCGCGGCGCCGGCCGCCUCCGCGGCGCCGGCCUCGGCAGCCGACCGCCGCCGGCGCCAUGCCCCCGGCCUGCGCGGAGGCCGCCGCGCCGCCGCGGCGCCGGCCGCCGCCGCGGCGCCGGCCGCCGAGGCUUCGGCGGCCUCGACAGCCGUCGCCGCCGGCGCCAAGCCCCCGGCCUGCGCGGAGGCCGCGGACGCCGCCUCCGCGGGUGCGCCGGCCGCCAGUCCCAGUGCCGCGGCGGGCGACGGCCUUGGCGACUGGGCGGGAGCGUCUGCCCACGUCUACCCGCCGGCCACUGGGGCCGCGGCGCUGGGCGCCGCCGCCGUCACGACGGCCGCGGAUGGCAAGAGGCCGCGCGGCGCAGACGAUGGUGCGCAGGAGACCCCGAAGAAGCAGCAGAAGGUCGACGGCGGCCCCCAUGGCGGCCCCGUGGCCGCGGGGUCGACGGCGAAGGGGCAGAAGGGCGAGGGCGAAUCCCAGGACGGCACCUUGGCCGUGGGAUCGAUCGUGACGACGACAGCCCGCGUGGAGAAGGCGAAGUACGACGGCCAGAAGGCGGAGAUCACGGCCAACCACAGGGCUCGAUUCUAUAAGAUCAAGUUUCUCAGCGGCCCCGCCACGGGCACGCAGAAGGACGUGCUCAAGACGACC